CAAAUCUCUAAAACCACUGUACAAUGCUAAAAGAAGGAGAAAAAAAAAAGGAAAUUGUAGCAAGCAGUGAGUAAAGUUAAAUGCUCACGCCAAAUCCCAAAUCUAGAUCUUCAGUAAUUAUUAAGGCAAUGUGGAGAAAUAUCAUGUUGGGGUGACAUCAUUAAUUCUGCUUUUUGUUUAAAGGAUGAGUCGAAUUCCGUAUGCUGUUUUGAAAUCUUCUGGAAAUUGAGAUAGUUCGAAAUGGCGUUGGGGCGGCGAGACAAGAAUUUGCAGUCAUCAAUGCGUGGAUCACGGAUUAUGGCAGCGAUUGGAAUUGGAGUAGCCGUCGGAUGCGUGUUCGCGUUUUUGUUCCCCCAUGGAUUCUUCUCCACAAAUCAGCCCAUUCAAGUCCGCCGUGUUUCCGAUUCUAAUUCGGAGGUUGAUGCGGCAUCUUGUGAAUCGUCCGAAAAAAUAGAUCUUCUCAAGUCAGAUAUUAGGAGGUUAUCCGAUAAGAAUGCCGAGUUGAAGAGGCAAGUGAGGGAGCUGAAUGAAAAGAUGCGGUUGGCUGAGCAGGGGAACCAGCACGCGCACGAGCAAGUUGUGGGCCUUAGUAAACCACAUAAGGCUGGGCCCUUUGGUACUGUUAAGAGUCUAAGGACAAAUCCAACUGUUGUUCCUGAUGAAACUGUCAACCCUAGACUUGCAAAGAUCUUGGCUGAGAUUGCUGUUAGGAAAGAGAUUAUAGUUGCUCUUGCCAAUUCAAAUGUCAAAGCAAUGCUUGAACUUUGGUUUACAAAUAUUAAGAAAGCCGGGAUUCCUAAUUACCUAGUGGUAGCAUUAGAUGAUGAGAUUCUAGAGUUCUGCAAGGCAAAUGACGUCCCUGUGUAUCAGAGGGAUCGAGAUGAAUCUGUGGAUGCUAUUGGAAAGGGUGGUGGUAAUCAUGCUGUAUCAGGUCUGAAAUUUCGAAUACUGAGGGAAUUUCUGCAGCUGGGCUAUAGUGUUCUUCUUUCAGAUGUAGAUAUAAUAUUCAUGCAGAAUCCGUUCGAUCAUUUGCAUAGAGAUUCUGAUGUGGAGUCUAUGUCAGAUGGUCACAAUAAUAUGACUGCUUAUGGGUUCGAUGAUGUUUUUGAUGAGCCUGCUAUGGGUUGGGCUCGAUAUGCUCACACAAUGAGGAUAUGGGUCUAUAAUUCCGGUUUCUUCUAUAUAAGGCCCACUGUUCCUUCUAUUGAGCUGCUAGAUCGCGUGGCUGGCAGGCUUGCUCGGGAAAAUGCUUGGGAUCAAGCUGUUUUCAACGAAGAGCUCUUCUUCCCUUCUCAUCCUGGUUAUAUUGGGCUUCAUGCUUCCAAGAGAACUAUGGAUUUCUAUCUUUUUAUGAACAGUAAGGUCCUUUUCAAAACCGUGAGGAAAGAUGCUGCUCUGAAAAAAAUCAAGCCUGUUAUCGUUCACGUUAAUUACCAUCCUGAUAAAUAUCCAAGAAUGCAAGCUGUUAUAGAUUUCUACUUGAAUGGCAAACAAGAUGCUCUGGACCCAUUUCCUGAUGGAUCUCAGUGAAGAGUUGAAGUCAUGAUAAGCCGCUCUCUGGUGCUUAUUUAUUUUAGUGUACACAGAUCGUCUCGGCAGAGUAUGUCCUCUUGGAGCAGUGUGUUUUGCGAAAUGUCAUUUGGAACAUCUCAUUUUCCUUCCAAACUCUGUUUUCUUAUGGUACAUCAGUUCAACCUUUCUCCAUUUUCAGCUCUUAGUUUCAUGUAAUGUAGUUUUUUGAAUAUAUGAAUUUCUAUAUAUCAUAGUUUUCUUGUUUAGUGUA